ACGCUGUUGCUACUAAAACCGAAGGAAAAUUCACCAACUACGUAGUCUUUAGUUCAGAGUUUUUAUUUUUAUUUUCUUUUUCCUCCUUCUCUGCUUUAAAGAAUUGUUUAAAAGCUCAUUUUCAUUGAAUUUCAAACCUUUCAUGUCUCCAUUUACGCAUCUCCUUCAUUUACCCCACCUGGGUUUUCCCUCUUCUCCACGUUCUCACAUCUUUCUUGAUUCUACACUUGUCUCCUUAAUUUCAAAUCUUUCUUUGUUGGUUGUCCUCAGUUCUCACCAUUAAUAUUUUCUCAUAUUCUGUUUCUUGCGGGACUUCAUUAUUUUUGGAUGUUCAGUGAAUUAUAAUCAAGAUCUAGAAGAUUCCACCAGUUUCAUGGAUCUUGAAAGCAAACAAUCUCUUCUUCCUCCAAUUACAAGUCCUUCUACUGACUCAAUCUUUGGACCUCGUAAUAGCUUACAUUCUUCAGAUACAAGUUUUCCUAUUAUAGCUGUUGCAAUAAUAGGAAUUUUAGCUACCGCUUUUUUGCUUGUUAGCUAUUAUAUCUUCGUAAUCAAAUGCUGCCUCAACUGGCACCGCAUAGAUCUUCUGAGGCGAUUUUCUUUAUCAAGAAACAGAAAUAAUGAAGACCCAUUAAUGGGUUAUCCUCCAGCAGUGGAGAAUCGUGGACUCGACGAGUCAAUAAUAAGGUCAAUCCCGAUAUUCAAGUUCAAGAAGGAAAGCCAUUAUAAGAAUCCAGUUAGCGAAUGUGCGGUUUGCUUGAAUGAGUUUCAAGAAGAUGAGAAGUUAAGAAUAAUACCAAAUUGCAGCCAUGUUUUUCACAUUGAUUGUAUUGAUAUUUGGCUUCAAAACAAUGCAAAUUGCCCACUUUGUAGAAAUAGCAUUUCAAGCAAUCCUGCUACUAAUUCAAGAUUCCCAUUUGAUCAUGUUAUAGCGCCAAGCUCUUCGCCACAAGAUCCAAAUCCUUAUAGCGGAAGUUUGAUUGGUGGAGAUGAAGAUUAUGUUGUUAUUGAAUUGGGAAGUAAUAAUCAUAAUUCCACAGAUCAAACUUUGCUUGCAGCACAGGAAAAGUUGAUGAAUUCAGGAGAGUUAUCGGUCCGGUCAAUUAGUACCCCUUCUCCGAGGAGGAAAUUGGAGCAGAGAGGAGGAGGAGGAUCAACGGCUCAGAAGAAGUCAAGGAAAUUUAAUAAGGUAACAAGUAUGGGCGAUGAAUGUAUUGAUAUUAGAGGGAAAGAUGAUCAAUUUGCAAUUCAACCCAUUAGAAGAUCUUUUUCAAUGGACUCAUCGGCAGAUCGGCAGCUUUAUUUAGCAAUUCAAGAAAUUUCUCAGAAGCAGAGCUGGCAAUUAGUAGGCGAGGUUAGUCCUAAUGAUCAAGGUUGUAGUAGUAAUGUUAAUGGAAGACCAAGAAGAAACUUCUUUUCUUUUGGUCAUGGCAGAGGAGGAUCAAGAAGUGCUGUUUUACCUGUUUAUUUGGAGCCUUAAGGCUCAAAAGAAGGUUUAGAUUAAUUCUUCUUUCUUUUUCAAAGGAUAUAGUGAUUUUAGCUGUGUUUAUUAAAGGAGUAGGAUUUAUUGUGACAGAAAAUAUUCAAUUGAAAUCUAAAAUUCUAAUUUUUAUUUGA